AUCUCCCACAUAACUCACUCCCCAACGCAGAGAUCCCUUUCCCUCUCUCUCUCUCUCUCUCACUCUGCGAUGACGUCCCAACAAAUCGCUCGCCACCGCGAGAACGCCGAGGUCUGCCACGGCGACGCCCUCUGCAGGCAGAAAUCCCAAGAGCUCCUCCAAAAAAUCAACAUGCCCAAGGGCCUCCUCCCCUUGGACGACCUAAUCGAGGUCGGCCACAACGAGUCCACCGGCUUCGUCUGGCUCACCCAGAAGAAGAAGAAGGACCACCUCUUCCGACGCAUCGGCCGCAAGGUCGCCUACGCCACCGAGGUCACCGCCUUCGUCGACGACCGCCGCAUGCGCCGCCUCACCGGGGUCAAGAGCAAGGAGCUCCUCAUCUGGGUUUCAAUUUCCGAAAUUUACAUCGACGACCCUGCUUCGGGGAAAAUUACGUUCGGCACCCCGACCGGGUUGUCGCGGACGUUCCCGGUCUCGGCAUUCGAGGAGGCAGAGAAAUGAAAACCCUAGACUAGAGAAAUGAAUCCCUAGACCAAACCGACUCUACUGAACCAAAUCGAGCCUUCUAUCCCAAUCAAAUGAAACCCUAGAAUAGGAGGAAAAUUUCUUGUUCUAGAUGUCUCUUAUCUGUUAUUACUGCUGGUAAUAUUUUAUGUUGUGUGAUUUCGGUUUAAAACAAUUUCAAUGAAUGUCAAUUUUAAUUUAAUCA